AUGGCGGCCGCGAAGAUUAUGCUCGAUGAGAUCCACCCUUCACUCCGCCAGCCGAAAUCCGACCACAAUGUCUACACUCUCGGAAGCAUUAGCAGCCACAAUGUAGUGGUGGCCUGCCUGCCAGCUGGGGUUUACGGAACCACAUCUGCCGCGAUCGUACUCGCCCACAUGCUGCCGACAUUCCCCUCUCUUCAAUUUGCGUUGAUGGUGGGUAUUGGAGGCGGCGUGCCCAGCAAAAAGGCCGACAUUCGACUUGGUGAUGUUGUCGUUAGUAUGCCAACCCCGACCUCAGGAGGUGUGAUUCAGUAUGACUACGGCAAAACACUUCAUGAUGGACAUUUCCAGCGAACAGGAUCACUCAACAAGCCUCCUCAAGUUUUACUGGCGGCAGUAUCCCAAAUACGCAGUGAUAAUAUGAUUAAAAAGUUGUCAAUCGGGGUAAUUAUAUCAGAUGUACUUCAAAUAUAUGAAAAUUGUCAGCAAUUUUCUCACCCAGACCAAGAUUGGCUUUUUAACUCAACAUAUGAUCAUCAGAGUCGCAGACCCAGUUGUUCAACCUGUGAUCAGACCCAGUUGGUGCAUCGUGCGCCGCGAGAGACUAAUGAGCCUCAUAUUCAUUAUGGGCUAAUCGCUUCGGGGAACCAAGUCAUGAAGGAUGCCAAGAGACGAGACCUCAUUGCCCAGGACAUAGAUAUUCUAUGCUUUGAGAUGGAGGCAGCUGGGCUCAUGGACCAACUUCCAUGCCUGGUGAUUCGAGGAAUUUGCGACUAUUGUGACUCUCAUAAGCACAAGCAAUGGCAAGGGUAUGCAGCUCUUACUGCAGCUGCUUAUGCAAAAUUGCUAUUAUCUGCAGUUCCUAUCAUUGACUAUAAACCGCUACGAGAACAGAGCGCUGAACUUACUGCUGAAGAAAAGGCAUGCCUGCAGUGUUUGUUCAUUACUGACCCAGUUGAUGACAAAAAUGCGCUCAAACGGAGAAAAGGAGAACGCGUCCCUGGUACUUGUGACUGGAUCUUGGAGACAGAUGAGCUGACUCACUGGCUUGGGCUUCAUAAAAAUAUCUCUAAAAUAAAGUCGAACAUACUUUGGCUAUAUGGUCUCCCUGGGACUGGAAAAUCGACUAUGGCCAUUACAUUAACGGAGGAACUUCCAAAUCAAACUGAUUUUAUCAAUGGAAACAAGAGGCUCGCCUACUUUUUCUGUGAUUCCAGCUCUAAAAAUCAGCGGACCGCAACUGCCAUUCUACGAGGGCUCCUUUAUCAGUUAAUCCAGAAGCAUCGGCAUUUGAUGAAAUACUUGCUUCCAAAAUAUAUCGCUCGCAAGGGACAAAUAUUGACAUCUUUUGAUGCACUAUGGUCAACCUUAAUGGAUAUGGGCCAAGAUAGCUCUAGUUCCGGCAUCUAUUGUAUAAUUGAUGCUCUAGAUGAAUGUGAAUACGAGGACCAGCAGACACUCCUUCGCCAUCUUGACCAAACAUUCAAUAACUGCAAUCCAAAGCGUCACUCAUUGCCCAACCUAUAUUUCUUGAUUACAAGUCGACAAUAUCCUGAGAUUGAAGAGCGCCUAGCGCAUUUCCCGUGUCAGAACCUGGCCAAGUACUCUGCAGUCGCAGAUGACCUGAAAGCAAUGAUCCAGGAAAGGGUUAACAAGCUGAGUACGAGAAAGAAAUACCCGAAAGCAGUAACCGCAGAGGUAUCGCGAAUCCUAGAAGAGAAGGCUGGUGGAACAUUCCUAUGGGUGGGCAUUGCUUGUGAUGAAUUAGAGCAAGUUCAAGCGAGGAGCACUAUAGGAGCAUUACAAAAUCUUCCGCGAGGGCUACAUGCUCUGUAUCAGAGACUACUUGAAACAGCUGUCGCCACUUCUUCCGAGAAUGAUAAGCCGAUAAUAAUGGAUUUAGUGAGCUUUGUUGCGAUAGCACAACGGCCGCUAACCAUCUCAGAAUUGUCUGAAGCUUGUCAAUUAUACCUCGACGAAGAUGAGGACAGCCGGUUACAGUUUACCAGAGACGUCAUUAAUUUGUGUCGCUUAAUAAUUGUUAUUCAGGGUGAGCAGGUGAGGCUUCUUCACAAAUCGGUCAGAGAUUUUCUGGUGGAGGCAGCAAAAGUGAAUGAGCUUAGGUCUCAUGCUAUACUAGCAAAUCGGUGUAUCACAUAUGUGAUACGCUUCUGUCAGCUCCAGGUAAAUAACAGUCCUGCAGAGCCAAGGAGCAAAUUUCUGAAAUACUCAGUACUCUGUUGGCCCGAACAUGCUGGGCUAGCCCGGGAAGAGUUUUUGGUUAAACAGGAGCAGAUAGAACUAUUCCAGGUUAGGUCUCGUGCUUGGGAGGAUUGGCUAGGCCACUAUAACUCCCAACUAGAUUUUUUGCCAUCAAGUCGAUUGGCUGCUGGAUUCUCAAUUUUCCAUGCAGCAGCGCGGUGGAAAAUUGAUCCAUUAAUUUCAUGGGCUAUGCAUACUUUUGUGGCUGAUGUUUAUAUCGAUUCUGAUUUUAAAACUCUAGACGGUGUGACGCCAUUGGAAGAAGCUGCAAGGUAUGGAAACAUUUGCGCUUUCGGUACACUACUGAAAGGAAUGCCCAUGGAGGUUGCUAUUGAGGCAAGAGUGGUGAACGCUGCUGCAAGGAGUCCAUAUGGAAAUGGAGUUAUAAGACUACUGCUUGAGCAACGAGGAGACCAGGUCCAAAUCACAGAAGACGUGGUCAAGGCUGCAGCAGGCAACUUAUACCAUGGAAAGGAAGUUAUGGCACUCCUGCUGGAGCAACGGGGGGACCAGGUGCAAAUCACUGAAGAUAUGGUCAAGGUUGCGGCAGGAAAUAAAGGGGAUGGAAAGGAAGUCAUGGCGUUCCUGCUGGAGCAACGGGGGGACCAGGUGCAAAUCACUGAUGAUGUGGUCAAAGCUGCGGCAGGGAAUGAGGACAAUGGAAAGGAAGUCAUGGCACUCCUGCUGAAACAACGGGGAGACCAGGUGCAAAUCACUGAAGAUAUGGUCAAGGUUGCGGCAGGAAAUAAAGGGGAUGGAAAGGAAAUCAUGGCGCUCCUGCUGGAGCAGCGAGGAGACCAGGUGCAAAUCACUGAAGAUGUGGUCAAAGCUGCGGCAGGGAAUGAGGACAAUGGAAAGGAGGUCAUGGCACUCCUGCUGGAGCAGCGAGGAGAUCAGGUGCAAAUCACUGAAGACGUGGUCAAGGAGGCAGCGGGAAAUAGGUAG